AUGGCGUUGAUGUUGCCAAACAAGCGGAAGAAGGGCGGCGUCGUGGUGGAUGACGAAGACCCGCUUUCCGUAGUGGAUUCCCAGCCCACCAACUUGCACGAAAUGCAAGAAUUUGAUCAAUUUGAAGUCGGAGGUUGUGCUGGCAGUAGCAGUGCUGUGCCAAUUCAGUUGACCCCGGCGGGAAUCCGCACUAUCCUCAACAGGGCCCACAGGCCAAAACCAUUGCUCAAUCUUGUGUGCUCUGGCUGCAAAAGAAGCACCCACUCUCCAGAUACCUACAUCCCGUCUGACUUUCUGGAGUGGGCCCCUGGGUAUUAUAAGCUUUCCAAGAAGAUGAAGGACAUGGGCAUAACAACUCCGCAGCCCUCAGGACAGUUGCUUUCGGACUGGGGGGAGGUUUGGCAGCAGGCUUCUUGA